CAUGCGUGCUUCUGACAUGAGUAUUAUCCAUUCGAAAUAAAUCGAGUAAGAAGAGUUAAGUCAAAAUUGUCAUCUCAAAUUUUGUGGUAAGAUCUUGCGAAGAAACUAAUUGGUCUCUUAAUAAAUUUUUCCUUUUUAGUGAAUGGAUCGAAUUUGUCAGAUUGAGAGGAGAUAGAGAGAAACGAAAAUGAAUAAUAUUAGGAAGACAGAAUGACAGAGAGAAGAGCGGGUCAAAAUGUUUCAUAACCACAUAUCAAAAACCGUUUGUAAGCAAUUGUUAAGACAUUUCCUUGCCCUAAUAAAAACGGGAGCGCCCUCUUCCAAUCCCAAACAAAAACACAAUCCUUAAAAAAAAACAUAAUAACAAAACAAUGGAGAAGGUUUUCAUCCUAGCAUCAGCCCUCUGCUUCCUAGGCCUGCUCAGCACGGCCAAUGCCGACUCCUUCACCGUCGAAGGCAAGGUCUACUGCGACACCUGCCGCACCCAGUUCAUCACCAAGGUCACCGUGUUCAUGCCAGACGCUGUGGUGCGUCUCGAGUGCAAGGACCGUGAGGGAGGUUCCAUAACCUUCAGAUCGGACGCCAUCACCGACCCGCACGGCGUGUACCACAUACCGGUGCAGGGCGACCACGAGGACGAGAUCUGCGAGGUGUUCCUAGUCAAGUCCUCGAGGCCGGACUGCAACCAGAUCCCCAAGCCGGAGAAAAACAAGGAGGAUUCGGCUAGGGUCAGCAUCACAAAGAACAAUGGGAUGGUCUCCGGCGUGAGGAGGGUCAGCCCCAUGGGGUUCUUGAUAACCAAGGCUCUGCCUGAGUGCCCCGAGGUCCUCAGGGAGCUCGGUAUCACGCCUCAAGGUCUCGUCCCAUAAGUUUAUAAUUUAUAAGUAAAUACAAAAACACAGUAUGUCGCAAAAACAAAUAUUUUAUUCGCUCGUCGAUUUUAUGUUUAAUUCUGUUUUCAUAUAUGUUGUAAAUUUAAGUUGAAACAUUAACUUUAAAUUGAAAUCACAAUCACAAUGUAAUGCCAACGUGGGUUUCAUCGUUGUACAAUUGUUAUCGGGCAAGAUUUAAUUAAAAGCACCGACAACUAUUGGUGAAAUUACUAUCCUUAUAUUGAAUAAAAACAUAUAUAUUCAAUAUAAAUAUGUUUGUGCCUUAUUCUUUUAGGUAGUUGAGAUUGGAAUGUGAUGUCUAGCUUAUCAUCUUAGGAGAAUAAUACUUCUUCUCUUCAUUUUUUCUGCCUGUAUUGUAUUGUGGAGUUUUCAAUCUUUUGCCUUUCUUGUAAGUUUUAUGUCCAAUUCAUUGAAAGUUUGCAUCUGCUUGGAAUAUGAUUCUUCUUUUUUCUUCUUAUUUCUGUAGUUGCAUCUAAUUCUUUAAUAACGAAGAGAAUAGGGAAGAAAAUUUUUCAAACUACAAUAAUAAGGAGAGAGGUUUGGUUGAGAAUUAAAGGUAAUUUGUCCAUUUCCGUUAAUAAUUAACGAGAAAGUAAUAGGGUACAAAAUUCAAAUAUGAAAAACCCAUAAAAUCAUGCAUCUUAUCAUCCAUGAUAUGAAUCAUACUUUUUUUAUAUGAUCAUAUCAGGGAAUGAUAUGAUUCAUAUUUGAGAUGAUAAGACACAAAUUUUGUAGAAUUUGUAGCCUUUGAAUUCUGUAAUACUAUAACCCGAACCAUAAUUGAACCUAAUAGAUAGGAUGGACGGUGAUCGUUCGACGUUCGAGUUGAUGAAUGUUUAAACUUUAUUUAAUUCUUACUAUUUUUUCUUUAUAAUAUGAUGAUAAUAAAGUCUUCCUUGAAGACUUUGCACACACAUUUCUUGUUGGUGAUCUGGAAAACAGGUCAACCCUCUCAACUGUAAAGGAAAAAUAUUUAGCAUACGUAGUUGUUAUAAUAACAAACGGUAUCAUAACAUGCAAGAUUUUUUUUUAUGAUGAAAAGAGGUGUAAUUAUCUUCCCUCACACUGGUUGCAUACAUUGUCGAAGUCAUAAAUCUGGACGAGGGGACAAAAUCUAUACUUAGAGAAUUUGAAUUGGUGAAGGCUAUGAAAGCCUUACUGAAUACUAUAUUUUUUGAAUUUUUUAAAAAAUUUACAUGUAAUUUUACAUGAUUUUGAGAGUUGAGUGGGAAUAUAGCCUUUUAUAUCAUUAACUGUAUGCGUAUUAUUCAAUUGAACUUCUGCACGAUGAAAUAUGAAAAUGUUACUUUGAAUUUCUUACAUUCAUUAUCUUCAUAUAUUUAUGAGAGUCGAGAUAAAAUUGACGAAGAUGCUAAUGUCUUUUUCUUCUUGAAAAGCAAACAAACAAACAACUAGUCUUAAUUUUUAUUUUUUGGAACCAGUUUCCCCACAAACGCCAAAUUUGGUUGAAAGUUGAAACCCAAGAAAGGAAGGCCGGCCUCCUUUUCAUAUUUAUACGUAACUAACAAGUAACCCAAUUUGAUUAUAUUAGAGAAACGGUCCAACUUUUAUUGCUAAUCAUCACUUGGCCUUUCUCUAAUGUACACAUAUUUAAAGACAUACGAGUACCUACAAAAAUUUGAUUAGUAGCCUGCCAAGAAUUUUACACAAAUCCCUUUUUGUAUGCUCUAAAAUACUGGUAUUUCGAGAUACAAAUUGAAUUUAUAUUAUAACGUUGAAGGUAUAAAUUUGAUUUGUACAACAAAUGAAUUUGUAAUAAAAAUUAUAGGCACAAACUACAAACUAGAUUUGUACUUCACUUUGUACUAUAAAAGAAUUUUUAUAGG